AUGACAGAAGACCGGGCAGCGGAGAGAUGGGGCUACACAGAGAUCAGUGUUCAGAAAUUCUCCUACAUUUGGACCAUAAGGAAGUUCCGAUUCUUGCUUCAGGAAAGAGGGGACGCCAUUAAAAGUCCAACCUUCUCAUCCGGAGCCAGUGACAACGACAAAUGGUGUUUGGAAAUACUGACAAACGGGUUCGACGAAGAAAGCAAAGAUUACUUGUCAAUUCUCCUAACAUUGCUCAGCUGCCCAAAGAGCCCAGUAUGGGCAAGGUUCCAGUUUUCGAUCAUGAGUGUUGACGGAGAGAAAACCAAAGGAAUGAUAAGCCCAAGAUUCUUCAAGUCCACGCCAAAUCAACAAUGUGGAUUCAAAAAGUUUAUCCAUCGAGAUUUGUUCUUGAGUCUGGAGUCUUGGCUUCUCCCAGACAAUGAACUCACUGUCUUAUGUGAUGUGGACCUGGCGAUCCAAGACUCCUUCAUCAACUCUGAGGAGAGCACGGUGCCAGGAAUCCAGGGUCCAAGGUGCACGACGGCAGAUGAGCUAGGACAGCUGUGGGAGAAUUCUCUCUUCACAGACUGCAGCCUGGUGGUAGCUGGCCAGGAAUUCGGAGCUCACAAGGCCAUCUUAGCAGCUCGUUCUCCAGUUUUCAGAGCCAUGUUUGAACAUGACAUGGAGGAGAGAAGAAAAAACUGCGCGGAGAUCCAUGAUCUGGAGCCCCAAGUCUUCAAGGCAAUGAUGGACUUCAUUUAUACCGGGAAGGUAACAGUCUUCCACAGCAUGGCAGAUUCUAUACCGGCAGCUGCUGACAAGUAUGGCCUGGAGCGUUUGAAGGUCAUGUGCGAGGAUCCCCACUUAUUGGCUGAGGCAUUCAGUACUUGGCAUCUGCUCACACCUCUUUACUGGAACCCCUUCCCAAACGCUUGA